AGGUCGCGGGUUCAAAGCUGUGCGGAUCAGCGUUCAUUCACAGACACCGCUCCUCAUGAUAUGCUUCAUAUCAUACAAUAACACGUGCUCUCUUAUUGUAUCAGCACUGAACCUGGAGGGGCUGACACAACACUGCAAGCUGUAGAUCAUGUGCAGACUACUGCGGAAGACCUCCUAUCUUUUUACCCAAGCAUGCAGGACAAGUUGCUUAAAUAAACAGUUUAACAACGUGGACCUAAAAUACAGACUUCUUACCUCCAAUACAAGGACCAAUGUCCCUCCUGCGAUCAGUGUAAGUCAUUUCAGCAAUAAAAUUACAGACCAUUCUAAAUUAAAAUGGAACUGUACCUUUGGUUCACAGAGCUGGUAUAAACAUUUUGCAGCAGUAAAUGGAGUGUCGCCAAAGAGAUUUUAUUCCGUUGGAAAGCCAACUCCUUCCACAAAGAGGCCUCUGAAAUCUUCCAGGACCAAACAGCCAUCCAGAUCUAAUCUGCCUUUAAUGCUGGAGAAUGAGGACAUGAUGCAAUGUGUGGCCUUUGCCACAGCUGAUGAGUUUCACUUGGGUACUCUGUGCCAUGACCUCGUAUCCAGUGGGUACUCUGAACUACUAAGCUUACCUCGAGAUGCAUCCAAUGUAUUGCUGGUGGAAGCGACAGACAUUUCUAAAGAGUAUGAUUCUGGAUUGAUAUUCUUCUUCAGGGAAGGAGCAGUUGUCUUUUGGAAUGUUGAAGAAAAAACUAUCAAACAUGUUAUGCAAAUUCUGGAGCGCCAUGAAAUUCAGCCUUAUGAAGUUGCUCUGGUUCACUGGGAAAACGAGGAGAUAAACUACAGCUUCAGAGAGGGACACUCUAAGCUUGUAAAAGGUGAAAUUGCAUUCAAUUCCCAGCUGGAAGCAGAUGAGGUCAUUCUAGAAAAAUUUGCCUUUUCUAAUGCACUUUGCCUCUCUGUGAAACUGGCCAUGUGGGAGUCUACCCUUGACAGAUUUGUAGAGUCUAUCCAGUCAAUUCCAGAGAUGUUGAAAGCCAGAAAAAAAGUCAAACUGUCUCAUGAUGAUGUCAUGCAAAAAAUUGGAGAGUUAUUCGCACUAAGACAUCGUAUAAAUCUAAGUUCGGACCUUCUCAUCACACCAGACUUCUACUGGGACAGAGAAAACCUAGAGCUUCUCUAUGAUAAAACAUGUCAGUUUCUCAGCAUAAACCGCAGGGUCAAGGUGAUUAAUGAAAAACUUCAACACUGUACAGAACUUACGGAUUUGAUGCGCAAUCAUCUGAAUGAGAAGCAUGCUCUGAGGUUAGAAUGGAUGAUUGUCAUAUUAAUUACAAUUGAGGUCCUGUUUGAGCUUGGGAGAGUAAUUUUCUGAGAUCUGCAAUCGGGAUUAUCAGUGUAACUAUAUAAAAUGACAAGGAAUACAGUCCUCAAUGCACUAUCCAGGGGAUAUCGUUACUACAAAAUAUAUUGAAUCGAUAUUCAGCUGCCUCACUGAUCCAAACAAAUGCUCCUCUUGUAAAAACUUAUAUGCACAAAGUAUUUCAGUAGGAUGCUCUUUAAAAUAUCACUAAAGAUAGAAAUAUUCUUUCCAGUUAGUUCUUGUCGGCAAGUGUCAACUGAUAUACUGUUUGCACAUAACCCUAUAAAGCCCCCAAAUUGGCUGUAGGGUGCACUACUGGCUGAUCAACCUGAAACCUUUACAACACCUGUGCUGUUUUUUUUUUUUUUUUUUAUCGAAGCAUUGUAGAAUAUUUCAUAUGAACCGUAAUUGUAUUUAAUUCCUUUAAUUAUAUUUAAAUUUAUUAUAUGAAGAUUUACUUCUUCAGUGUUUAGGUUUGUUUGUUUGAUUGAGUGCUGUAAUCAAGUUAUAUUGGAAACCAAUAUUACAUUUUUUUUUAAGAUUCAGAAUGUAUUGGUAUUUAUAAUUCUGUCUGCACUGUGAAAUAAAGACCAUUCUUUUUACCAAAAAAUUAAAAAAUAAAUAUGACUUAUUAUU